UGCUGCUAGCCUUGCAAAACCGCAAGACAAAACAUGUUUCUGUUGCGCCAACCAAGACGUUGUUAACUAUUAUCAUGUAAUGAUGAAUGGAUCACUGGAUUGCACUUCCUCAUUUAACCUUGGGGAAGAGUGCCUUGCAGGCGUUCUUGACGGUCGACGGCUUGCAGUCUGGAAGGUUGGCUAGGCAGUCCUUUUUGGGAAUGCCCUGCUCCUUGCACUGUUUGAUUUUUUGUUUGCAAUCCUUGUCCUUCUUCUCCCUCUCGCACUCGGGAAACUCCUCGACCAAGCUUUUUCGGCACCCUUUCUUGUCGGUGGACGUCUUGCAUUCCUUGAAUUUGGCCUUGCACAUCCUGAAUGUCUCGGUGUCCUUGAUGCACUCCUCAACGAGUUCCUCGCACUCAUCCUCACUGACCCCGGUCUUCAUGCAGCGCCGGAUGAAUUUUUGCGGUUUGAGCUCCUUUUGCAAAUCGCGGAUGAUCGUGUCGCUCGCGGCGGCUCGUGCCUGAUUGGGUGAGGCCAAUCGAUUGGUGGGUAGGUUCGCCGUUGGAUGCAAGGAAUGUAUUGUCGUCCGUAGUGUAGGAUGUUAUGGUGCAGUCGAGGCGAGGAGAGAUUUGUGUGUGUGGUGGCAUGGCAUGGCAUGGCAAGAGGGUGGUGAGUUCGAGAACUUUAGAUUUGAACAAAAAUUAGCAUGCCUAAGGAGAACAGAGAAUAUCGCGACGCCCUUUUGUACGUACCGAGGCGGCAAGCAAGAGGAAAGAAAAUAGAAUCUUAAAGGAAGUCAUCGCGAAGUAUUUGGUUGGGGAUUGAAAUCGGUUAGGUUUGGCUUUCAAAAUGUCGAAAACAGAUUUGUGAACACCUAGUCUGGGCCCUGGAUGAAUCAAGAAAGGUCGACUGC